CGCAGGCGCCGACGGAGGGGCGUGUGCACACCCGCGUCCGCGUCAUCAGGCCUCCGGUGGUAGCGAGGUUCCCGAGUUUAGUGUAUGGUUUUCCCAGCCAAGCGGUUUUGCGAGGUGCCACACAUGGAGGGCGUACGCUGGGCCUUUUCCUGUGGCACUUGGCUGCCCAGCCGGGCCGAAUGGUUGCUGGCGGUGCGGUCGAUCCAGCCCGAGGAGAAGGAGCGCAUUGGCCAGUUCGUGUUCGCCCGCGACGCUAAAGCAGCCAUGGCUGGUCGUCUGAUGAUGAGAAAAUUAGUUGCAGAGAAGUUGAAUAUCCCUUGGAAUAAUAUUCGCCUGCAAAGAACUGCUAAGGGAAAACCAGUUCUUGCCAAGGACUCAUUGAAUCCUUAUCCCAAUUUCAACUUCAACAUCUCUCAUCAAGGGGACUAUGCAGUGCUUGCUGCAGAACCUGAGCUACAAGUUGGCAUUGAUAUCAUGAAGACCAGUUUUCCAGGUCGAGGUUCAAUUUCUGAAUUUUUUCACAUUAUGAAAAGAAAAUUUACCAACAAGGAGUGGGAAACAAUCAGAAGCUUUAAUAAUGAAUGGACUCAACUGGAUAUGUUUUACAGACAUUGGGCACUGAAAGAAAGCUUCAUAAAAGCCAUUGGUGUUGGAUUGGGGUUUGAAUUACAGCGACUUGAAUUUGAUAUUUCUCCAUUAAACUUGGAUAUAGGCCAGGUUUAUAAAGAAACACGUUUGUUCCUGGAUGGGGAGGAAGAAAAAGAAUGGGCAUUUGAGGAAAGCAAAAUAGAUGAGCAUCAUUUUGUUGCAGUAGCUCUUAGAAAACCUGAUGGAUCUAGACAUCAAAAUGUUUCAUCUCAAGAUGAUUCUAAACCAACCCAGAGGCAGUUUAAGAUUCUUAACUUUAAUGAUUUAAUAGCUUCUGCUGUGCCCAUGACUCCUGAAGAUCCUUCCUUUUGGGACUGUUUUUGCUUCACAGAAGAAAUACCAAUACGAAAUGGUACAAAGUCAUGAUAUGAUUCCCUAAGAAAAAAAGGGAAGGGGAAACUGUAAUCUUCCAUAAUCACUGAAAAAUAAAUGCCUGAUAGUAUCAAAUUUUGUUUAAUUAAACAUUUUUUUAAAGACCCCAGUGCUUCUUAAAAAACAGAUUUCCAGUUCAGUAUCAUCCAUUUAAAAAGACUUUUACUUCUUCUUGUCUAAAAUUGUAAUUUGGCGAUAGAAAAGAUUACAGAAUCUUAGGUGAUAAUAUGCAUUGUAUAAAAAGAAGUGAAAUAUGCUUAAAGGAAACAUUUAAAUCCUAUCUCUCAGAUAACUACUCUUAAAACUUCCAGUAUCUUUCCAGACCUUUUUCUUGCAAAUGAAUCCAUAUAAACACUUUUUAAUGGGAACAUACUAUUUUGUAUUUUUAAACUGUACAUCUACUGUUCAUGAUACCUCUGUUGCAUAAACUUCUAGUGGUUCUAAAGUGCUCUCAUGUGACUAACAUCAGUCAAGAUGCUUUUGAGCAGCACUAACAAUAUCCAAAUAUGAGUGGCUUAAUUACCCCAGAACACAGGUCCUGAAAUCAUCUUUAGGACACAUUUUUGUUUUCUCUUUUGCCUUAGUCUCAUCCCCUUCUCAACCACAGGAAGUGCUGCUGUGACUUCUAGGUUUACAUUGCCAUCAACUUAUGACAUCUAUGAAUGAAGAUUUCUCCUCAUUUUCCAUCUACUCACAUUGGUCACAGAGAAGGCCCAUGCUGGUGACAUUUUACCACUGUUAGAAGUAGUCUGUAUGGGAACAGAACGACUGAAGGCAAGAAAGUGGCAUUGAGGUGAUGCUUACUGCCUUGCAUAGUUUAAAGAUGGACCAUAUGUGCACAUUUUCCUCUGUUAGAAUUUUUUACUGUGUUUUGUUACUGUAAGCAGUAAUAAAAGCUCUUUGACAUUCUGUGCUACAUGCUUAGUUAUGUCUUCAGGAGAGUUUUCAGAGUGAAAUGACUGGUUCAAAGGGCUCUUAAAUUGUUACUUAGCCUUUGGUACAUUAUACCAUUUUAUAAGUAUACCAUACAUCUUGAAAAAGUCUGUGCAGUUUACUCCUUAUUUAAUAGUAUAUGUGAGACCACUGCCUCUUGUAUACUCUGGUCAGCUGUGGAUACCAACUCGGUUUUGGUUUUUUUUGAGGCAUUUUGCUUGUUUGUUUCCCUCUUUGUAUUUAAUCUUUGCCUGUAUAACUAAAAAGUAAUGUUAUAUUUUAAAUUUUUAUUUCUUUCACUAAAAAUGAGGUAGAUUGUCAGUGUUAUUGGUUAUUUGCAUUCCUUUUUACGGACCUCUUCAUGUUAAUCUUUUUAUUUUAGUAAAUAAGACUUAAUUUAAAGUGUGAACAUAAUAUAUUACAAUGCUGAGACCAUCAUAUUGAUGACAGAAUCUGUUAUUUGGUUGUAGUGCAUGUUCUGGGCAAUUAGUCUUAUUACUGUCUUACUACUGUUAAAUAUCAAGAAGUGAAAUAAUGUCAGUUUCUAUUACUAACAUUAAAAUUGUGUGUAAAUUAUAUAAAAUUAGAUACCUAGUUUAAAAAAGUAUGUUUUAUAAUUUUUUUAUUAAGCAUGCUCAAUUAUUUCAGGUCUACAUAAUUAAAGUACCUUUGUAGUAGAUGAAAUGUUAUCUGCAUGAGUGAUGUGAAAUGUCAUCUGUCUUGUCAUUAUAAUAAAAUAAUAACAACUAUGGAA